AUGAAGUUCACCUGGGCGACAGCACUUCUUUUACUCUCUACGAGGGUCGCGUCCCUGACCAUCCCUCAAACCGAGAUUAUCGAUCUCACUGAACGAGAUGCGGACUUCCUGGACCCCCAAGACCCCUCUGAUUUCAUAACGCUUGAAAAAAGGCGCGGGGGUGGAGGCCGAGGCGGAAGCAGUGGCUCAUCCAGCAGCGGCUCGUCCAGUGGCUCUUCCGGCAGUGGAGGAAGCAGCGGCGGCCGUACUGGCUCUUCUGGCUCAAGCAGCGGGAGCACGGGGAGCACGGGGAGCAGUGGAAGCAGUGGAAGCAGUGGAAGCAGUGGAAGCAGUGGAAGCAGUGGCAGUCGCAGUGGAUCAUCCAGCAAUGUCGGUGGUACGACCAGCGCUGGCUCCGGCACUCGCGCAACCUAUGGCGGAGGCAACUACUACGCCGGCGGCGCAACCGUCCCUUACAAGUCUGGUUCUCGAUCCCGCGGAGGCAUCGCCCCCUACUUACUGGGAGGAGCCGCACUAGGCUUCUUCCCGGGUCUCUGGCUGUACGGCGCUUUCGCUUACCCCUACAGCAGUCCAUACCGUUACUACGACCAGAAUAACAACAAGAACGAGUCGCUUCCGGUCGUCUGCGUUUGCCAGGAGUACUCAGAAUGUGGAUGCGAUAACAACAACAAUCAAACCUACUAUGAGUCCCUCUUCAACGGCACCGUGCCCAAGAACUCGAGUCUGGUGCGUGUGGUCGAUGUGAAUGGUACACAGACCAUCUACAUCAACGGCACAUUGCCCAAUGGCACCACUGCCGCCGAUGGAAGCAAGGAGACAUCCUCGGGCUCAGGGCCUGUUGUCGCGGUCAUGCACGCUAGCGGGUACUGGGUCACCGUCGCUCUAGUGGCGGCCGCCGUGUGGGGACUCUAA